UAUGAAUAUUAUUAGAAUACACUAUGGAACACUGGAAAGAGGACUGGUUUUUCGGCCAUCAGUUCCUGAAUGGGUCAAAUCCACGGAUGAUCCAGAGGUGCAGGAAACUGCCCUCCAACUUCCCUGUCGUUGGAGACACAGUGCAGGCCUUCUUAAGCCCCAACACCACCCUGGAUAAAGAGCUCAAGGCUGGGAAUGUAUACCUUGUUGACUAUGCUAUAAUGGAUGGCAUCCCUGAGAAUGUUAUCGGAGAGGAGAAGCAGCAUAUAGCAGCUCCUUUGUGUUUACUAUAUGAACAUCCAGACAAUGGCCUCAUUCCCAUCGCCAUACAGCUUGAACAGAAUCCUAGUAAGGACACACCCAUCUUCCGCCCUAAUGAUCCGUCUCUGGCCUGGUUAUUGGCUAAAAUGUGGGUCCGUCAUGCUGAAUUUCAGGUCUUCCAGGUGUUGUCACACCUUCUGCGAACUCACCUUAUAGUGGAGGUGUUCUGUGUGGCCACACUGCGUCACCUCCCUGCAGUCCACCCUAUAUACAAGCUGAUCACUCCUCAUCUGAAGUACACUCUGGAGAUAAACUACCGUGCACGCACACAGCUUAUCUCUCAUGAUGGCAUCUUCAAGAGGGUGGCGUCCACGGGUGGUGAAGGGAUACUGGUGCUGUCUCAAAGGGAGUUUAAGGCCCUGACCUACCGUUCUCUCCAACCCCAUUGCGACUUUGUAGACCGUGGUGUUACUAAACUCAAUAAAUACUUCUAUAGAGAGCAUAGCCUGAUGCUCUGGAGCGCCAUUGAGAAGUUUGUCUCCAGCAUUGUGUCUCUGUAUUAUGGAAUUGACAGUGAAGUAGUGCAGGAUUCAGAACUGCAGGUGUGGAUUAAGGAUGUUGUUGAGGAAGGCUUUGCAAACAUCCCUCACUUUGGGCUGCCUAAUAAACUAAAGAAUAAACAGGAACUGAUCACACUUUUGAGUGUGGUCAUCUUCACCAGCACUGCACAACACGCAGCAAUCAAUAACGGACAGUUUGACUUCUGUGCGUGGGUGCCCAACACGCCUUGCACCAUGCGCCAGCCUCCACCCACAGACAAGAACAGUGUCACUAUGGAGUUGAUCAUGAACACACUCAAGGAUGUCAGCCAGUCAUGUGUGGUGAUGGCAAUCACAUGGCUUUUAUCAAGCGCUCAGCCAGAUAAAAUACCUCUGGCACACUACAAGGAAGAGUACUUCACUGAGUCGGCAGCCCAAAAGAUGAUCGACAACUUCAGGCAGGAUUUGAAAUACAUCGAGGUGAAAAUUCUGAAGCAGAAUAAUGGUCUCAAACUACCAUAUCUCUAUCUGUGCCCUAGCCAAAUAGAGAACAGCAUUACCAUAUAGAGAGGCUUGAGAAACAUUCUGCAAGCUAUAAACCUUUUGGUGAUUGUUGUAAAUCUACACGCACCGUCCACUUUACUAGGAACACCUGUACAUUCAUGCAGUUAUCUAAUCAGCCAAUCAGGUGGCAGUAGCACAAUGCAAAAAGCUUUAGUUAAUGUUCAGACCAAACAUGAGAAUGGGGAGAAAAAAGUGUGAUCUCAGUGGCAUGGUUACCAUGAUGAGCUGGUUCGAGUAUUUCAAAAACUGCUGAUCUCCUGGGAUUUUCACACACAACAGUCUCUAGAGGUUACACAGAAUGGUGCGAAAAACAAAAAAACAUCCAGUUGCAGACUGGAAAAAGACCAGGUGAUUUUUUUUAUAUAUAAUCCUCAACUGUCUAUUUUCUGUUCCUGCCCAUGAUAACCUAAGAUUUCUGUUCUAGGCUGAUUGGAGUGGAACUCAAUAUGGUGUUCUGCUGGUGCAGGCCAUCCACCUCAAGGUUCAAUGAUUUGUGCAUGCAUUUGAGUUACUAUAUCCUUUCUGGCAGCUCAAACUGGUCAUUCUCCUCUGAUCUCUCUUAUCAACAAGGUGUUUCCACCCACAGAACUCUCGCUCACUCAAUGUUUUUGUUUUUUUGCAUCCAUUCUCUGUAAACUCUAGGGAAUGUUGUGUGUGAAAUUCCCAGGAGAUCAGCAGUUUCUAAAAUACUCAAACCUGCCCUUCUAGCACCAACAACCAUUGCACAGUUAAAGUCACAGAAAUCAGUUUUCCCCAUUCUAAUGUUUGAUUUGAACAUUACCUGAUGCUCUUAUGGAAAAUGAUUUAAUCUUAUACCUUUAUUAAUGCAUUAAUCAUUUAUCUAUUAGUUAUUUCUCCAUUAUCCACAGUUAAUCCUUCAUUAUACUCCGUAGUCACAACAUUUAUGUGGGAAAUCAGAAGCGUAGUGUAUCUGCUUCUAGUCAUUUAGACUUGUGUGAGAAAGCAAGAAGAUGUCCUUGAAGGAUUUAUUAAAACUCCUAGAGGGAGGUCUACUCAAUCGGGACUGAUUUAAGACUCCUGCGGGAAGAGAAGCUACCGUCAUGGUCAUGUCUCGUUGUGUGUCUUGAAUAAGAUAGGCUUGUGACCCGAGGUUGAGAUGAAGUAAUUCUCACAAGUAAUUCUUGCAGUCCUAGUAUUUAGAUUUUCACUAUAUAUGUAUUUCCUUUCCUGUUAAUCAUUUAAUCAUUUGUGAUAAUUCAUGUUAAUGUUAUCUUUAUUUGAUCAAUAAGCAUGAAGUUAUUUGUUUACCUAUAGCCAAUGAUGAAACACUAACCCUGUGCAGUAAACUAUAUAAUUGCAUGUAACACUUUGGUCGUUGGAGUUCUUCUCCCCGGCCAUGAUGAGAAUAAACAUGUUACUCUGGAGCCAACUGUGUCUCUGUGAGUUUGACUUUUAUUUGUCUUCAGAAGGUAAUAUUUUCUACCACACUCUUAACCUGUAUCUGCAUGAUUUUAUGCAUUGCGCUGCUGCCACAUGAUUGGCUGAUUAAAUAACUGCAUGAAUGUGCAUGUGUACAGGUGUUCCUAAUAAAGUGGAUAGCGAGUGUAUAUGGUUCAGAUAUGUUGUUCUUAUGUUGUACAGAUUUUACAGUCAGGCUCAAUAAAUUGGAAACUCUGUAAUGCAUGUAACCACCAGGAAAAGAUAGACAUAGAUAUUAGGAACUACAGAGUAUUUAUUCCUGCAAACAACUAAAUGUUACAAAUAAGAUACGAGAUUGUUAGUUUAUACAAAAUUAAAUUCACACAGACAACUGUCAUUUCUACUUUGUAUUUUUUUACUAUAUAUUUAUGGAUAUACAGUCCCCUCUGAAACUAUUGGAAUGGCAAGGUCAAUUAAUUUGUUUUUGGUGUAGACUCAGGACAUUUGGGUUUGAAAAAUGAAUAUGAGAAGAGAGUUGUGAAUUUCAGCUUCUAUUUCGUGGUAUUUAUAUGUUGAGCCACACACAAAAUGUGCUAAGUUCAUGUUCUAUCAGACCACCCAUUUGUAGGCGAGCAAAAAUAUUGCAACAUGUCAGUGCAGUGACAGGUGUUUCUUGUUGCCCAGGUGUGUCCUGUUGGAUUUACUGUUUAAACAAUAAAUAGCUCUGAACAUCUACUCAUGGUUUUAGCUUUCAAUUUUACCUGUGAAGACUGUAUUUUUUUUGUUAAGAAAGAUAACCCAACAUGAAGAUCAGAGAGUUGUGUAUGGGAGAAAAGUGAGUCAUUUUGAAGUUGAGAAAAGAGGUUAAAUCAAUGAGGCAUUGCACAAACAAUGGGCAUAGCCUAUACAACAAUUGGGAAUGUCUUGAAAAAGAAAGAAACCACUGGUGUACUGAGCAAGUCCGGUCAACCAAGGAAAACAACAACAGCUGAUGAGAGAAACGUUGUGAGACCUGUGAAGGAAAAACCCCAAAACAGUUAGUGACAUCACCAACAACCUCCACAGAGCAGGGGUGAAUGUAUCACAAUCCACUGUCUAAAGAAGACUUCAAGAGCAGAAAUACAGAGAAUUGGAAAGCCAGAUUGGAAUUCACAAAAAAAUACAGAGAUGAGCCACAAAAGUUAUGGAACAAAGAUUAACCUCUACCAAAGAGAUGGAAAUGCCAAAGUGUGGAGAAAGAAAGGAUCUGUUCAUGAUCCAAAACCUACAAGAUCAUCUGUCAAACAUAGUGGAGGAAGUGUCAUGGCUUGUAUUUACAUGACUACUUCUGGAACAGGAUCACUAAUCUUUAUUUAUGAAGUAACUCAUGGCGGUAGCAACAAAAUGAAUUCAGAAGUUUCCAGGAAUAUUUUAUCUGCCAAUUUAUAAAGAAAUGCAUCCGAAUUAUUCGGAAGGAGUAUAUUCCGAAUGACUCAGAUCAGGAGGUGAGGUGAACUAACAGACUGCAUAGCUUGAAGACCCAGCUAAGCUAUAAUUAAUCAUUUCUGUUUCUCAUCAUUCGGCCUUGGCUACAUUAGCCUAUAGUUUAUUUUAUACUCCAAAUGUGAUCAACGUUUGCGUAAGUACUAGAUGUGUUGGGGAAUUUAACAUGUAACAUUUUAAUUAUAUUCUGCUGAAAGGAACGAAAUGACUAGGAAAAAAAGAUCCGUUCAUUUUGCUGAAAGAGAUUCAAAGAUCCGAGUCAGUAAAAUGAUCC